GAAGGGAACCGGGCAUGUUUGUGGUUUGUGUUUGUGUCGCCCUGGUAACGUUGUGGGGAAGGGAAGGGGAGGGUGGAGAGGCUGGUCAGCUGGGCAUACAGAGCUCAGCACCCAAUAACACAGGGCAGUCAGGCACUGAGGCUGCAAAUACUGGUUUCAGCAGUCUCAAUGGAUGAAUAUGAAAUAAUUCGACUAAUUGGCGAAGGAGCAUUUGGAAAAGCGUUCCUGGUUAAAGCUAAAGCUGGCAACAUGCAGUGUGUUAUAAAAGAAAUCAAAACUGCAAAGAUGCGUCAGAAAGAAAGAGAGGCGUCCCUUAAAGAAGUCAUGUUUCUGAAAAAAAUGAUGCAUCCCAAUAUUGUCACUUUUUUGGAUUCAUUUGAAGAGAAGCAAAAUCUGUACAUAGCAAUGGAGUACUGUGAUGGGGGCGACUUAAUGCACAAGAUCAGUGGGCAACGCGGGGUAGCUAUUGCAGAAGAACAGGUGCUCGACUGGUUUGUGCAGAUCUGCUUGGGGCUGAAACACAUUCAUGACCGUAAAAUCCUGCAUAGAGACAUCAAAACACAGAAUAUUUUUCUCUGUAAUAACGGGGUGACUGUAAAACUCGGAGACUUUGGAAUAGCUCGAAUGCUAAACAAUACCAUGGAAUUAGCACAUACAUGUAUUGGAACACCUUACUACCUAUCUCCUGAGAUUUGUGAGAAUCGACCAUACAAUAACAAGACUGAUAUUUGGUCCCUUGGUUGUGUCCUGUAUGAGCUGUCCACUCUGAAUCAUCCAUUUGAGGGUAAAAGUCUGCGUCAUUUGGUGGUGAAGAUUUGCCGAGGUCACUUUGCUCCGAUAAACCCCAGAUACUCCUAUGAUCUGCGGAUGUUGGUGGCUCAGCUGUUCAAAGUUAACUCUCGCGACCGGCCGUCCAUCAAUUCCAUUUUAAAAAAGAACUUCUUAGAAAAACGUAUCGGAAGACAUCUGAGCCCCGAGUUAAUAAAAGAAGAAUUUAGCCACACAGUCAUUCACAGAAAGAAACCAGCAGCACCCAGAUCUACUGCAGUGGUCCCACAGCAAGCUCCAAAGAUUCAGAGAGCUAAAUGUGAGGAGAAGCACGUCUUGGGGCAACUCAUGAAGAAAAAACAACCAGCUCGUUGUGAAUGGAAACCUCCAGCGGUGAUCAACAGGCCAAAUAUCAAGCCAUUUCACCAUCUACCGGUAGCAAAACUGCCGCCUCCACAGAUCCGCGGGCAGUAUGGUAAAUACCAUGCUUAUCUGGAGUACUUGGAGAAGAGACAAGAUGACCAUAGGUCUCCACCGGGACCUCAUCACAACUAUGUAAUGGAAGGUUACAGGCAUAAAAUGAAUCGUGAUCCAUCCCAAUGGCCAGUUGGAGUGCACGAAGAAUACCUUCAGAGAAAGCUGGAAGCACAGCAGUACAAAAUCAAGGCGGAAAAACAAUUGGGAAUACGCCCAGGUUCAUCAGACCCUCAUCAAGAUCGAUUGCAGAGACAGCAUCUGCAGGCUCCACAGUGUACUGAGCAACAAGCUAAGAAAAAAGGAACGAAAGAUGAGGAAUAUCGCCAGCAGUUAAAGAAAAUAAGGCAACAGUAUCAGUGCGAGGUAAAAGAAAUUAAAAUCAAAAUGGAAGCAAAAGAGAAUCCAGCUGAGACGUAUCUUGUUGAUCGAGAGGAACCUGCAGAUGAAUUGUUUGAACCACAGGAGCCAUGCAGAAAUAAAAGUCCUAUUCAGGUUGUUGAAGAUGAUCUCAAACAAGUGAGACUUCACCACCAGGUGGAAAUGAAGGCACUUGAGAACAAGUACAAAGUAAAGGGUGGGAUAAUGUUUGAGAUAAAGUUGGAUGGAGAGUUGCCUCAGAAAGAUUCUGAACAAGAGGAAAAGCAUUCUAACCAGCAGGAGGAGGAAAUGGACAUUUUAAAUGAAACGCUGACGUAUGAACAAGGAGACCACCUUAAAGAGAGGAAGUGGCAAUGUAUUGGAGCAGAAAAUAUACUCAAAGGCCUUGCAAACAAAACUCUGGAAGAAACAUCUUCGCAGAUGGAAGCCACCUCUGAAACUGACCAGGUCGAAGUGAUGGUAGGAAGUACUCCAAAAAACAGGAAGCAAUGGGAAUCAGGAUCGCCGGAUACCUUGCUGAAUGCCCUUGCAGCUGCCGAACUAUCACUUUGCCCAGCUAUGUCGACAGAUAACAUUGAUAACAGAUUGAAGUCUUUGAAGUCAAAGGAAGAGCACAAUGAUCCAGAGUCAGAUUCUGCCUCUGAUGUGGAAGAAGAUCAGGAACGGCUGGAGCCCAGAUCCGAUGAUGAUGACACAAAUUUUGAAGAAUCAGAGGAUGAACUGGUAGAGGAACUAGUGGAAUCGUUGGAACAGCUAAUUGCUUCUCCAGACGACAAGGCAGAAGGUAGUGAUAGGGAGGAAAUUCACAGAAUUGCAUCCGUCGAAGAAAGGGGAAGGGAAGAAGGUCAGGAGGAAUCUACUGCCACAGGUACUGAAGGAAAGCCUCACGAAUGCUGUGCUGAAAAACCCGAUUCCAAAUUAAGACUGUGUAGAAAUCAAUGACACAGUGGAAGGCCAUUAGGACCAUUUUCUGUUUGACUACUUGUAAAUUCCAAGGCAACCACCGAGACCGCUUUGCCAUUGCCAAUCAGUCAGUACACUGAAAUUAUUAUUACUCUUGCCCCUAAAAUAUACAGCAGUUUAAUAAAGAUUGGUCGCUGGUAGAAAUAUUUCACCUAUUAAUAUAUCAGAUAAUACAUUAAAGUUACAAUGCCUACCACUAAUUUGCUGGUGACAGGGUGGGGGAAAAAAUCAUUUGGAAAAGACCAAUUGUGACUUCAUUUGCCAUGCUUAUAAAAUUAAUUGAACAAUGUGGAUUGUGCCUGCAGACAGGAAAGAUUAGCAAGUUUCAAAUUUACAUCGCAAUCUAUAGAAAACGAAUCAAUUGAUAAGACACUCAGCAGUUUCACAUGCGUGCAAUAAUGUUGUUCAUUUUUGGUCCAAGACAGCUGCCUCAUGCCCUAAGGUUACAAUUACUGCCAUUUUUCUCAGUAUCAAGAAACAAGUGUUGACAAUUUUGGAGACACAAUACAAGUGAUUUUUGCAUUCUUUCAUAUUUUCUUAAGAAAAAGCUAAAAUACCUGACAAAAUAAUAA